CCAGCGCCCAACGCGCCCAGCUCGCAGCGAGAGCCGACAGCCACCGCACCACCGGAGCAAGGGAGCCGCAGCGUCUUUAAUUUCCGGCGCUUUUUUCCUUCCUUGCCGUUUUCUUUCGAACGAAGGGGAGAUGAGCAGCAGCAAGCUAGGCUGGGGAGAUCGGCCGGGGAUGUACGAGGAAGGGGACGACGACGAGCUGUUCGGGGCGUCGUCGUCGGUGUCCGGCGGCGAGUCGGACGAGGAGGGGGAGGGGGAGGACCAGUUCUCGGAGGGCGGCGCGGAGGCGUCGGCGGGGGCGGCGGACCAGAUGGAGCACCGACGGUUCGCGCCGCCGCCGCUGCGGAGGUUGAACUCGGACAGCAUCUACGACCUGUCGUCCAUGACGGCGCAGCUACCGGCCAAGAAAGGGCUGUCGAGGUACUACGAGGGGAAGUCCCAGUCGUUCGCGUGCAUGUCGGAGGUGAGGUGCCUGGAGGAUCUGCGCAAGAAGGAGAAGCCGUACAAGCAGAGGAUCAAGUCGUGCAGCAGCUACGCGGCGCUGGGAGGGAUCGCCAAGACGCAGUCGUCGAGUUCUUGCGCGAACCUGAGCAUGAUGGGCGCGAACGGCGGAUUCAGGGCUCCCCCGAUUCCUGUAAACAAGAACAGCUACCACCAGUAGUAGCGUAGGGAGCGGAGCGGAGCUGCGCUGUAGGAUGCUUAUUUUUGUUCUUGAGGUCUCUCUUCUGUAUUCUCCCCCUACAUCUUCCGUUUGGGGAUUUUCUUCGCAGGCGCAUUAGUCUGUGAAUGAGCUUAAUUACGAGGCGGCUCUCGUUUCGGUGUGAAA